GUUCCCAUUGCCCAAACUGCUUCUCUCAACAAACAGAGAGAGAUAGCAACUCAGAGAAAACGAGAGUUCAAACUCCUCUCCUAUCCAUACAAAAAAAAAUAGGAUAUAUAUAUAAACAGAAACACAAUCCUUUCAUUUUCUUCCUCUUAUUCACAAUGGCAGCAUCAGUGGACAACCGUCAAUACAGCACCCUUAACGGCGUCGUCCGCUCCUUCACCCCGAACAACACCUACCUCCACGACCCAAAACCCAGCUUCCCCGCCGUGAACCUCGACCUCGACGCUUCCUCCAGUGACGACGACGACGAAAAGGACGACGCGUCGAUCCUCAAAGACCUCAUUAGAAAGGGCAACGCAGAAAUCGAAUCGUCCGUUCUCGACCCACGUGACCAGGGAACGGCUGAUAACUGGAUCUCACGAAACUCCUCCAUGGUCCGCCUCACAGGGAAGCACCCUUUCAACUCGGAGCCACCACUCCCACGCCUCAUGCACCACGGGUUCAUAACCCCGGUCCCGCUUCACUAUGUUCGCAACCACGGUCCGGUUCCCAAAGCACGUUGGGAUGACUGGACCGUGGAGGUGACCGGGUUGGUGAAAACACCGACCCGGUUUAGUAUGGAUAGGCUCGUCCGUGAUUUCCCGAGCCGCGAGCUUCCUGUGACGCUCGUGUGCGCGGGAAAUCGCAGGAAGGAGCAGAACAUGGUCCGCCAAAGCAUCGGGUUCAACUGGGGAUCCGCCGGGGUCUCCACGUCCGUGUGGCGCGGCGUGUCAUUGCGCCACAUCCUGCGGAGGUGCAGGAUCCAGACGCGGUCAAGAGGUGCGCUACACGUGUGCUUCGAGGGGGACGAGGAUCUUCCCGGUGGUGGCGGUUCCAAGUACUCGACGAGCAUCAGGAGGGAGGUUGCGAUGGAUCCGUCGCGUGAUGUUAUACUUGCUUACAUGCAGAACGGGGAGGUUCUGGCUCCAGAUCAUGGAUUUCCGGUUCGGGUUAUCAUACCCGGGUUUAUUGGUGGCCGCAUGGUGAAGUGGCUUAAACGUAUUGUGGUGACGGAAGAAGAGUGUGAUGGACAUUACCAUUACAAGGAUAAUAGAGUGCUUCCUUCCCAUGUUGAUGCAGAACUUGCCAAUGAAGAAGGAUGGUGGUACAAGCCGGAGUAUAUUAUCAACGAGUUGAACAUAAAUUCCGUGAUUACGACGCCGUGUCAUGAUGAGAUCUUGCCCAUUAACGCAUGGACUACGCAGAGGCCUUACACGCUGAGAGGGUACUCAUAUUCUGGGGGUGGAAGAAAAGUGACACGUGUGGAAGUGACACUGGACGGUGGAGAAACAUGGUUCGUGUGUGCGUUGGACCAGCAAGAGAAACCAAACAAAUACGGCAAGUAUUGGUGCUGGUGCUUCUGGUCUUUGGAGGUAGAAGUGCUGGACCUUCUUGGGACCAAGGAGAUUGCUGUCCGCGCAUGGGAUGAGGCCCUCAACACCCAACCUGAAAACCUCAUUUGGAAUGUUAUGGGCAUGAUGAACAACUGCUGGUUCAGGGUGAAAACCAAUGUGUGCAAGCCCCACAAGGGUGAGAUUGGAAUAGUGUUCGAACAUCCAACCCAACCAGGAAACCAACCAGGCGGGUGGAUGGCGAAGGAGAAACACCUAGAGAUCUCACAACAAGACUCUCGCCCAAUUCUCAAAAAGAGUGUCUCCUCACCAUUCAUGAACACCUUCACAAAAAUGUACUCCCUCUCGGAAGUAAAGAAACACAACAGCCCCGACUCUGCAUGGAUCAUUGUCCACGGCCAUGUUUACGACUGCACCCGCUUCCUCAAGGACCACCCUGGCGGUGCUGACAGCAUCCUCAUCAACGCCGGCACUGACUGCACCGAGGAGUUUGAGGCCAUCCACUCUGACAAGGCCAAGAAAAUGCUCGAAGACUACCGCGUCGGCGAGCUCAUCACCACCGGCUACACCUCAGACUCUUCUUCCCCCAAUAACUCCCUCCAUGGAAACUCUGAAUUCAAACACUUAGCCCCUAUCAAAGAAAUCACAACAAUGUCACUACCACCACUACCACGCCGCAAGGUGGCUCUAAUACCACGUGAGAAAAUUCCAUGCAAACUCAUCUCCAGAACCUCAAUCUCACACGAUGUUAGAGUGUUCCGUUUCGCUCUACCCUCAGAAGAUCAACAGUUAGGGCUACCCGUAGGGAAGCACAUUUUCUUAUGUGCCACCGUUGACGGGAAGCUAUGCAUGCGAGCCUAUACGCCAACUAGCGGAGUUGAUGAAGUUGGUUAUUUUGAACUCGUGGUUAAAGUUUACUUCAAAGGAGUCCACCCAAAGUUUCCAAAUGGCGGUGCCAUGUCUCAACAUUUGGAUUCUCUUCCAAUUGGGUCUGAUUUGGACGUGAAGGGUCCACUUGGUCACAUAGAGUACACUGGAAGAGGAAACUUUUUGGUUCACGGGAAGCAUAGAUUUGCCAAGAAGCUAGCCAUGUUAGCUGGUGGGACUGGAAUCACACCGAUUUACCAAGUUGCACAAGCGAUUCUGAAGGACCCAGAGGAUCACACUAAGAUGUAUGUGGUCUAUGCAAACAGGACCGAGGAUGAUAUUCUUUUAAGGGAGGAGCUCGACACAUGGGCGAAGAAGUACGAAGACCGGUUCAAGGUGUGGUAUGUGGUGGAAACCGCCAAGGAAGGGUGGGGGUACAGUGUGGGAUUCGUCACGGAGGGUGUUAUGAGGGAGCAUCUUCCGGAGGCUGGGGAUGAUGCAUUGGCAUUGGCUUGUGGGCCACCACCGAUGAUUCAGUUUGCCGUAAAUCCGAAUUUGGAGAAGAUGGGAUAUGAUGUCAAGAAUGAUUUGCUAGUGUUUUGAGAAAUGUGUGUAUAAUGUGUAUUGUUUGUAUAUUAGCUAUUGUUGUUGUUGGAGUAUAUGUCUUCUGUUUCAUAAUUCUUUUUAAGGAAGAAGAAAAAAGAAAGAAAAGUCUUGUCUGGAUUGUGAGGCUUGACUUUUCCUCCUUUUUAGGUUCGAAUGUAGUGUAUGUCAAGAUUUUUUGACUACUUAGUAGUAGUGUAAAUAUAUAAAGUUAUUUUCCACAUUGCAAUAA